AUGACGGUGGAGGGACUGAGCUCAACGAUCCUGGAUAGACCCCAGGGACUGCUAAUAGUGGAAAUCUGGAAAGACUGUGGGGCUCAGGUGUUUGCUGUGAGCUUCUUGCUGCUAUUAUCUCUGUCAGGAUUUGUCGUGGGAGCAAAAAGUGACUUCAGUCUGGUGCAGCCUUUGGUGACCAUGGAGCAGCAACUAUGGGUGAGCGGGAAGCAGAUCGGCUCUGUGGACACUUUCAGAAUUCCCCUCAUCACAGCCACUCCUCGCGGCACUCUCCUCGCCUUUUCUGAGGCCCGAAAGAUGUCUUCAUCGGAUAUGGGGUCCAAAUUCAUCGCUCUGCGGAGGUCCAUUGACCAGGGUGACACAUGGUCUCCAACCAAGUUCAUUGUAGACGAUGGGAAGACUUCUGAUGGGCUGAACCUGGGAGCGGUGGUGUGUGACACUGAGACUGGCAUGGUGUUCCUCUUCUACUCUCUCUGUGCUCAUGGGUUCGGCUGCUCCGUGGCCUCCACCAUGUUGAUGUGGAGCAAGGAUGAUGGCCUUUCCUGGAGCAAACCCAAGAACCUCUCCCUGGAUAUUGGCACUGAAGUGUUUGCUCCUGGACCAGGUUCUGGCAUUCAGAAACAGCGAGAACCACAGAAGGGCCGUCUUAUUGUGUGUGGCCAUGGAACACUGAAGCGGGAUGGAGUCUUCUGCCUCCUCAGCGAUGACCAUGGGGCCUCCUGGCACUAUGGAAAUGGACUUAUCGGCAUUCCCUAUGACCAGCCCAAGAAGGAACAUGAUUUCAAUCCCGAUGAGUGCCAGCCCUAUGAGCUCCCUGAUGGCUCAGUUGUCAUCAACACCCGGAACCAGAACAACUACCACUGCCACUGCCGAAUGAUCGUCCGCAGCUAUGAUGCCUGUGACACACUACGGCCUCGUGAUGUGACCUUUGACCAAGAGCUUGUGGACCCUGUGGUAGCCGCAGGAGCGCUAGCCACCAACAGUGGCAUUGUCUUCUUUUCUAACCCAGCCCAUCAUGAGUUACGAGUGAACCUGACCCUGCGUUGGAGCUUCACCAAUGGUACCUCCUGGCAGAAAGAGAGGCUGCAGUUAUGGCCAGGACCCAGUGGCUACUCGACCCUGGCAGUGCUAGAGGGCAGCAUGACUGGACAGGACCACACUCCCCAGCUCUACGUCCUGUAUGAGAAAGGCCAGUACGAAUGCACGGAGAGCAUCUCCCUGACCAGGGUCAGCAUCUAUGGGACUAUUUAA